AUAAACCUUUAUUUUCUGGGUUUGUUGCCAGUUCUGCAUUCUUUCUGCCAGGAAUAUUUUCGGGAAAAAACCUGGGUCCGAAAAUAUGGUUAGAAAGAAUGCAGAAUUGGCAAGGAUAGAUCCAGACAAACUAGACAGUGUUUUAGUGGCAAUAGACAAGGAUAAAGGAAGCCAAUAUGCCCUUAAAUGGACUGUUGAUCAUAUUCUCUCCAGGGGUCAAUCUGUCACACUUCUACAUGUUAGACAAAAGUCACCAUCCCCAUUGGGAGAUGUUAAUGAAGCUGUUGCAAGAACUCAUAGCAAACAGCUUGAAUCUGAAGCCAGAGAAUUGUUCCUUCCAUUCCGCUGCUUCUGCACGAGGAAAGAUAUAAAAUGUCAGGAAGUCAUAGUUGAUGAUACAGAUAUAACCAAAGCAAUAGUAGAAUAUGCUACUUCACAUGUAAUAGAAACUCUAAUACUUGGUGCACCAACAAGAGGCCUCCUUGCCAGAAGAUUCAAGAGCACAGAUGUUCCAAGCAAUGUGUCAAAAGCUGCACCAGACUUCUGCACUGUAUAUGUGAUCAGUAAAGGAAAGGUUUCUGCUGUACGGUCAGCUAGUGCUCCAGCACCACCAAAAUCUACUCCUCAAAUUCAGAAAGUUCAUUCUCUAGUUGAUUUACCUCACAGAACGAGCCAAAUUCCUAGAGAACCAGAGAGAGCAGUCACACUGCAUAGCCUUUGUGAAGAUGCAGAAAUUAUCAGGUCUCCAUUUAAUAGAACUAGAGGUUCAAUUGGCAAACCAUACGAUCCUUACCCAUCAGAAAUGGAUAUAUCAUCUAUAAGCAGUGGGGGGCCAUCCUUGGAUCGUAUGCAUCCAGCUUUCUACGAAAACUCAGAACCUGAAAUAAGCCCUAGGAAAAGUGGCAUAGACUACGAUUUUAGAAGCUUUGGGUCAAAUUAUUCAGCAGGAACAUCAACAGAUAUUGGUUCACAAUAUAAUUAUUCCGGAUGCAGCUCACAGGACAGUGGGCAACCAUCUUGGUAUUCACAGAACAUAGAAGGUGUGGAAUCCGAGAUGAGGAGACUCAGACUGGAGCUGAAGCAAACGAUGGACAUGUAUAAUACAGCAUACAAGGAGGCAGUCUCAGCAAAACAGAAGACUACGGAUUAUCAACGCUGGAAAAUUGAAGAAGAACAUAGAUAUGAGGAGGCACGAAUGGCAGAGGAAGCUGCAUUGGCACUAGCAGAGAAGGAGAAAGCAAAGAGCAAGAUAGAUGCCGAAGCAGCUCAAGCGGCUUGGAAACUGGCUGACCUGGAAGAACAAAGAAGAAUAAGUGCAGAAAUGAAAGCUCUCAAAGACAUUGGGGAGAAGCAGUCACGGGAAUCUUGGGUGCCAACUGAUCUUAGGUACCGAAGGUACACUGUUGAGGAGAUUGAAACAGCAACGAAAGACUUCUCAGACUCUCUCAAGAUUGGAGAAGGAGGUUACGGCCCAGUUUACAAGUGUUACCUGGAUCAUACAGAAGUUGCCGUUAAAGUUCUAAGUUGUGACGCAGAUCAAGGAAAGUCACAGUUUCAGCAAGAGGUUGAAGUGUUAUCCCGCAUACGGCAUCCAAACAUGGUUCUCCUCCUUGGAGCUUGCCCAGAGUAUGGUUGCCUGGUCUAUGAAUAUAUGGCAAAUGGCAGUUUAGAUGAUCGUAUUUUCAGGAAAGGACACACCCCAUCUCUUCCUUGGCAAAUGAGAUUCAGAAUUGCGGCAGAGAUUGCCACUGGGCUUCUUUUCCUGCACCAAACCAAGCCAGAACCUCUAGUGCACCGUGACCUAAAACCUGGAAAUAUUUUACUCGACCGUCAUUUUGUCAGCAAGAUUAGUGAUGUUGGCUUGGCAAGACUUGUCCCUCCAUCCAUAGCUAAUUCUGUUACGCAAUAUCGCAUGACUUCAACAGCAGGAACAUUUUGUUACAUUGAUCCAGAAUAUCAACAAACCGGAAUGCUCGGGACAAAAUCUGAUAUUUACUCACUUGGGAUCAUGCUUCUGCAAAUAAUAACAGCCAAGCCACCAAUGGGUUUAGCUCAUCAAGUUGAAAGUGCCAUUGAGGAUGGAACUUUUCUUCAGGUGCUUGACCCAACUGUUCCUGACUGGCCUCUAGAGGAGACCUUGAGUUUUGCCGAGCUAGCUCUUCAAUGUGCAGAACUAAGAAAAAAGGACAGACCGGAUCUCGGGAAGGUCAUAUUACCUGAGCUUAACAGAUUGAGAGAACUUGCAGAUGCAAGUAUGCCCUACUUCAUGUUUGGAGGUAUAUCUAGCACAACAAGUACAAUAAAUCACAGGCAUAUUUCCUCACUUCAAGAGACGAUGAGUGAUGUACCACAUUCUGCAUCUGAUUUCUCAAGCUUUUCAAGUUCAUCAUCUUAUGGCCGUAGAAGACAAUAGUUACAUCUGGAUGAUACUUAAAGUUCACAGUGGUUGUGCCUGGAUCACCAAACUUGAGGAAACAGGUCCAACCUAAUAGUCAGGGAAAGAAACCUAAUGUGGUCCAACAGAAAGAAGUGAAAUAACUAUGUAAUUUUGCUUUACUUGUAAUUAUUUUUUGUUUCAUCUCCAAGAUACUCCUGUGAAUACAGUUUGAGGUUGUUUCAUCAAGUUUGAUCUCAACAGGGUCAGGUUUGGGUGAGGGAGUAUGUGGAAAGGGGAACACUACCCUGAUUCUGUAAUUCAGUAGGGUAUCAGAACAACCAUUUUGCUUCUUUACUUAACAAAGAAUACAUUGUUUUUGCGAAAGAAUACAUAUUUUAUAUAAAGGGUACUGUUAAAACAUAUUCGGAAAGUAUCAUUGAUUGGUUUCUGUGCUAUAGAUGUAUAGAGACCAUUGCUUCACCAUGUAAUGUUUUGUAAUUGUAAUGCAUAUUUUUGUUUUUCA